AUGACUGAUGCCCAAGUCCCCAAAAUCCAGCCUUGGAAGGCGCUGAAGACUCUCAGUGAAGAUUCCAACCCAGACUUGAACAAAUUGCAAAAAUUCCGCAGCGGUGAUGACACUUCGGGCAACUCUGGCUCCUCAGUCAGCCGCCCUAUUUACCGCAAAACCGCCCACGAGACAGAGGAGGACGGCAGCGCAACGGAAAAUCUCACAAGUCCCGAAGAGUAG